GAAAGAUCUGAACCCAGCGGCAAGCCCUGUAUUCAACUCAAAGCGAAAUCCUGUGGCGGCAGAAUGGACAACGCGGGAUCUCUAGUUUUGAGGGAGCUCCUGGAGGAGAGCCUGAGUACCAACGGUCUCAUUCAUUUCCUCCAGCAUUUUGUCAACCCCUUUGCUGAAACCCCUCUGGAAAUACCCCUUCUACCUGUGUAUGCAUGAAACAGAAAGUCCACAUCGAUUCUGGUGAAAGAGCAUUUUGUGUGAAGCCGAAGUCCGGAGAUUUAGCGCAUUUGGCUCUGAACCCUUGCGCAUCCAAAAGACAUGGCUGGCGAGGCUGGAAAGGCAAGGACUGUGCUGCUGGCCACAGAAAAGGCCUUUGCUGCUGGAGCAGUGAAUAAGAUCGAGGAUGUUUGCAAGGCGGCCAAGUAUACCUUGAAAAGGCUUGAGAACUACAAGAGCAAGGAUGAGCUCCUUGCAGCCGUUGCAGAUGUUGAUGCCAUGAUCAUCCGAUCUGACAUAGUGGACCAGGCAGUUCUUGAUAAGGCCAGCAAGAUGAAGAUUGUGGUGCGUGCAGGCGCUGGCUAUGACAACAUCGAUCUGAAGGCCUGCGAGGCGAAGAGCAUUACAGCCAUGAAUACGCCUGGGCAGAAUGCCAACGCUGUCGCUGAAUUGGUUUUCGGUAUGAUGAUUGUUAGCGCUCGAAAUAACUUUGAUGGCACUAGUGGCUUUGAGCUGGUGAACAGAGAGAUCGCAUUCUAUGGAUUUGGUGCAGUUGCAAGGGCGGUGCACAAGCUAGCGCAAGGUUUUGGAAUGAAGAGUUUUGCGUACGACCCUUACAUCCCCGCAGACCAGAUUCAGGCAGCUGGGGCUACACCAGUCUCCUCUGUCGCGGAACUUUUCGAUCACCAGUAUGUGUCCCUGCAUGUGCCCUUGACGAACGAGACCAAAGAUUCUAUCAACAAGGCCUUGCUCGGAAAGAUGCCCAAGGGAGGCACCUUGAUCAAUACUGCACGAACCGAGGUCGUGCACGAGGCAGAUAUGAUUGAAGUGCUCAAGACGAGACCUGACUUUUGUUAUCUCUGCGACGUGGCGCCCAAGGACAUUGAGCCCUACAAGGCAGCGGUUGGCGACAAGUAUGGAACGCGUUUGAUCUUCACCAAGAAGAAGAUGGGUGCACAGACUGCAGAAGCUAAUGACAACGCUGGCGUUGCUGCAGCCAAUCAAAUCGUCGGCUUCUUCGAGAAGGGUGAGACCAGAUUCUCCUUGAAAGCCUAGUGCCUAGGGCCCUUGCUAAGCGAUGGCAGUCGCAAGACUGCCAAAGCGUCGCGAGAUGUUCGGAGGAUUCUGGCUCGGACCUUCAGAUGGCUCCAUGCAGCAGAUACACACAGACACAAACAAACACUGUACAAAGUUCACUGUCUGUGGGUACUUGUAUAAAAAAUAUAUCAUGACCAUUUUACAAACUCUAGAGGUGGAGGCUUCAUGUUUGUCAUUGCAGGCUAUCAAUAUUUUUUGCGAUAUGUUUUGGGGAGAAUGGCGCUUUGGGAGAAGGGGACUUCAAUCAUCUACUGGAUUGAUUGAUUGAGAGACCACUUGCUGAAGAAGAAUGUAGGCUCAUUUGGAUGGAAGACUGAACAGAAGAUGAGAAGAUUUGGUUGACAGCGAAGCAUAUGGGUAAGAGGAACACCGCUCAGACAAGAUAGAGGUUUUAAAUUAAGCAACGAGCCUGAAAGGCAGUAUUUCUCUCCUGAGGUAACUCUUUUGUUAGACCUCCUUCUCAUCAUCGUUUUGUCUGAGUGUUCGAGCGAUGCUCCUCUUAA